UGUGCGCCUGGUGGCUGCCUCCCCGGAGGGCUGGCGGGAUAGGACGCUGCACAGCCGGUCCCAGGGUGGAGGGCAAGGUCUGGGAGCCUGCGGAGGGAGGAUCGCGGGAGGCGUGUUCCUCCGGAGUCUGCUUUCCCCAGCCAGCCUCCUCGCACACACUUAUCCCUCUGCUCUGGCGACUGGGCCGGAGAGGUUGGGGAGUGUCUGUCUGUCCCACCGGAUCGCGGCAGGCCCGGAGAGAUCUCCCCCCAGGGAGCCGGGCGCGGCCGCGGGAGAAGUUUCCUGAAGCCCAAGCAGCGGUGGCAGCCCAGGCCACCUACCCGCCGCGCUCCGCUCCACCCUAGCUUGCCGGCUCCCGCUACAUCCAAGCCAGGCGCCGCAGGACCAGGCGCCGUCUGCGCCCUCCGAGCUCCAUGGUGAAAGAAAGAAAGGGAUAAAAGCAACACAGUAAGACAUUUCCUCAAAUUCACAUCAAGAUGGACACCAUUUGCUUCAGGGCAUCCUUUUGGCUGGCCCUGCUGGGAAGUGUAAUCAGUGAUAAUCCUGACAGGUACCGCACUAAUCUUAGCAGUCACGUGGAGGAUUUCACCUCUUUUCAGGGGACAGAGUUCAACUUCCUGGGUACCACUCAUCGACCCACUAAUUUGGUCUUACCCAGCAAUGGCUCAGUGCACAGCUAUUGCCCACAGCAGACUAAAAUCACAUCAGCUUUCAAAUACAUUAACACUGUGAUAUCUUGUACUAUUUUCAUCGUGGGAAUGGUGGGGAAUGCAACUCUGCUCAGGAUCAUUUACCAGAACAAAUGUAUGAGGAACGGCCCCAACGCACUGAUUGCCAGCCUGGCCCUCGGAGACCUUAUCUAUGUGGUCAUUGAUCUCCCCAUCAAUGUGUUUAAGCUGUUGGCAGGGCGCUGGCCUUUUGACCACAGUGACUUUGGCGUGUUUCUCUGCAAGCUGUUCCCCUUUUUGCAGAAGUCCUCUGUGGGGAUCACCGUCUUGAACCUCUGUGCGCUCAGUGUCGACAGGUACAGAGCUGUUGCCUCCUGGAGUCGCGUUCAAGGAAUUGGGAUUCCCUUGAUUACUGCCAUUGAAAUUGUCUCCAUCUGGAUCCUGUCCUUUAUCCUGGCCAUCCCAGAAGCCAUCGGCUUCGUCAUGGUGCCUUUUGAGUACAGGGGUGAGCAGCACAAAACUUGCAUGCUCAACGCCACAUCCAAGUUCAUGGAGUUCUACCAAGAUGCGAAGGACUGGUGGCUCUUUGGCUUCUACUUCUGCAUGCCCUUGGUGUGUACCGCAAUCUUCUACACCCUCAUGACCUGUGAGAUGCUGAAUAGAAGGAAUGGCAGCUUGAGAAUUGCCCUCAGUGAACAUCUCAAACAGCGUCGAGAAGUGGCAAAAACUGUUUUCUGCUUGGUUGUCAUUUUUGCUCUAUGCUGGUUCCCUCUUCAUUUAAGCCGCAUUUUGAAGAAAACCGUGUAUGAUGAGAUGGACAAGAACCGAUGUGAAUUACUUAGUUUUUUGCUGCUCAUGGAUUAUAUCGGUAUCAACUUGGCAACCAUGAAUUCCUGUAUAAAUCCUAUAGCUCUAUAUUUUGUGAGCAAGAAAUUCAAAAACUGUUUCCAGUCGUGCCUCUGUUGCUGUUGUCACCAGUCCAACAGUCUGAUGACCUCGGUCCCCAUGAAUGGAACAAGCAUCCAGUGGAAAAACCAUGACCAAAAUAACCACAACACAGAGAGGAGCAGCCAUAAGGACAGCAUUAACUAACUCUAUACAGAAAUGCCAAUCAGUCUGCCUUUGAAUUCGGGUGGAAAAAAAGAAUCACACAUUAGCUGUGCCUCCCGGGUUCUCUUGUAUGGUCUUCCCUAAGUCCCAGGCUCAGAAAAAAAUGCUCUCCAGAUGUCUUCUCAAACAGUAUCCAAUGGACUGGCGUCUAUCUAAAGUUGACGGAGGUUUCUUCUGUAAUUUAUUUAGUUUGUGUAUUUACAGGUCAUAUCCUACACUCAAGAAUGAUGAGAGGUAAAAAAUGGAGAGUGUUCAAUGAAACCAGAUGAUACUUGCAAUCUUUGCAUGAAAACAGUUUGCAAGUUCAUUACCAGCUUUCAUGGCCAUUCUGUGGAAUGUUUGGUGAGAACUGGUUAUCACAAGAGUUUAGAGAUUAUGCUGAGCAUGAUAGUACAUGACUAUAAUCCCAGCACCUGGGAAGUGAGGCAAAAGGAUCAGGAGUUCAAGGCCAGCCUGGGCUACAUAGGUAGUUCAGGCUAGCCUGGACUACAUGAGACUCUGUCUCAAACAAACAAACAAUCAAAGAGUUUAGAGAUUAUGACAAGAUUCUUUUUCUUUUUUUUUGCCAACCACAUUGUGAGUUUAAGUUACCUUUCUUUGAAAUGUCCUUCAGUGUCAGUAUUUCAUAACCGCUUAAUGACCUAGAAAUGAUUAUUUCAUUAAUUCACAUAUAAAUUUUAAAGAAGGAGGAGGAGGAGGAGGAAAGGAGGAGGAGAAAGAGGAGGAAAGUGACAACAUUCAGAUGAGCGAUUAAGUUAAUGAUGCUUGUCACUGUUUUAUUUGUAAAACAUGAAUUUUAGAGCUGCAGCAAAUACAGACAUUUAAUGCACAAACUGAUAACCAAAGAUAGCAGUUUAAUAGCUGCUGUCCAAAGAAUAUUUUAUGAAUAUUUUUAAUGAUGUUUUGUUAUAGAAGAUCUUGAGCCCUUUUGUGUUUUGUUUUGGUUUUGGUUUUGGUUUUUGAGACUGGGUCUCACUGUGUUGCCCUGGCUGGCCUAGAACUCAAAGGUCUGCCUGCUUUUGCUUCUGAUUGCUGAGAUUAAAGGCAUAUUUUUAAUAUCACACCCAGACUGAGCAUAUUUUAUGAUAAAUUAAAAAAAAUCAUACUUUGCACCUGGACAGGGUGGCACAUGCUUAUAAUCUCAAUACCUGAGAGACUGAGGCAGGAGAAUUGUGAGUCAGAGGCUUCCUGCACUACAUGGAGGAAUUCUGCUAAUAAUAAUAAUAAUAAUAAUAAUAAUGAUAAUGUCAAAUUGUUAAAUUUUUUUCAUAAGCCCAAUCUUUUUUAAUGUCAGGUUUUUUAAAACAUAAAACCAUAUUCUAAAAUUUAAAUGUGUUGUUGAACUAUGCCUGAGACUUUCUGUGCAAGGUAUAGAAGUCUGAAGCAUUUUCUAAGUGGAAAAUACUGAAUAUUUUUGAAGGCAUGGGAAUUUUGAGCUUCAUAAUAGUAACCCAUAUAUAUAAAAUAGAUAUUCCCUUUUAUACUCUCAUUUUCUUCUGAAGUCAUAACUGGCUACAGGUUUUCUUGGUCAUUCCUUUUUCCAGACAGGAAACAAUUUCAGAGUGGCCAAAUAAGUUGAUUAUAUCAAGUAAAACAUACUUGCAAUCACCAUGAACUUUGACUCUCCAUUCCUCUGUGAUUCUAAUAUGAAUUUAAAUCUCCAUCCUACCCCUAACUCCCCCGUGGUCAUCAUUUCAAAGGGCCCACAGUGACUCUACUGGGCAUUUUUCCAAAUGUUUACAGACUGUGAGAAUAGCAAAUAUCUUUAUUGUGUGUAUACUAAUGUAUAAAUAAUUGUACAUUUCUUUUAGCAAGAUUUUUUGUGAUUGUCUCUAUGGCAUGUAUUCAUGUGCGUGAUGUAUGGUACAUAUGAAUUUAAUGUAAUUAAUCAGAGUGCCCUGUGGUUGUGUCAAAGCACAUAUUUGAAAUGGUUUCUAAAUGAUUGUUCAUUACACAGCCCACCUUGGCCAGUUUUCACACGUAAGAAUCACCUGUGCUCAGCAGUCCUGUGACUCCCUACAAAUUAUGGGCGGCACCAUGAAAGGGAAUGAGCCACAGGCCAACAAUAUGGGAUUUUGUUAAGUUGGGUAUUUGACAAAGCAGUGUUUGAAGUAUUAUACUUUUCCAUAUAUAUUUUCCAUGUUUUUUUUUUCCUUUUUGAUGUGCUAGUGAUUGAACCCAGGGUCUUGCACAUGCUAGGUAUAUGCUCUAGCACUGAGCUACAUCUCCAGCCCAGUAUUAUUUUGUUCUAAUCUUCAACUUAAUAUGGUAGCAAGAUCGUCAUGUUGCUGGGAGUUUCUAUGUGAGGCUUCAGACUUCACCAGAUAGAUUAUUGGUGGUAAAUUAGUUAAGCUAAUUUUUGGGUCAUAUUUUAUAACAAUAACAAGUAAAAUAUAUCAAGUUCUAGUUGCUUGAAUUUUAGAGCUGAGAAACACUCCUCCUCUUUGAGUUAGUAGUCAAAUCUCACUUUCCCACUGGGAUGUCAUACAUGCCUAUAGUAAGCCGUAGGUACGUACCAUUUUAUUGAUAGUUGUCUUUUUAAAGAUGCUUGUUUCUUGCAUAUAAAAUGCAUUUUUAUAAGCUCAGAAAGUAAUAGAUCUGAAUACACAGGCUUCGGUGUGCAUUUUGUUCAUGAACUGGUAAGUAAAAUAUGGUUUACUAGAAGAAAUAUUUCUUAUGUCUACCAUUACCACAUUUCUAACAAGUAACUUUGUAGAAAUGAGCCAAAAGCUAUGGCCCUGAGUUGGCAGUGGCCCAUGAAAUAUAAAAUAAAAUUUACAGAAGAUU